AUGAGGAAAUCUAUUUUAUCCGCUCUCAUUAUUGUGGGAGUCAUAUCAUCUGCUCAAGCUGUUGGACGUCUCGGAGAGGGAUGCUAAACCAACCCAGACUGUGUAAGCGAAUGCUGCUGGUUCGGAACUUGCAGAGCUGCAAGUGUAAAUUGCAAUCCUGAAACUCAAUAAGCUCUCAUGUCAUUUUCCUCCAGAUUUAGGGAUUCAUAAGCCUUCAUUGAUAUGACACCAGCUGAAAUCAACAGAAUGAGCUUGAAAUUAGAGUAAUUUAAGAUCGAGAAAAAAUUAUAUAACACUCUUGUGCUAUAAUAGGCUGGCAGUGAAACUACUGCCACUGAUGGCACAGCUGCAAAUACAUAAACUUAAACUUCUUCUGGUGAGACAGCUUCAUCAACUGAUAAUUCUGGUCAAUCAACAAGUACUGAUUCCUCAACCACAGGUACUUAAGCUGAAAAUUAGCCAACAGGAAAUACUUAAACAACUCCAAAUACUCAAACUGAUACUGCAUCAACAACUGAAAAUGGCUCCGGGACUGCAACCACUUAAGAUACUUCAUAAAAUACAGCAGCAUAAUCAACCAGUGACACUAACACUCCCACUACAACUGGAUCGACAUCCACAUAAGAUUCAACCUAAAGCACCUCUACUGAUAAGGCUUAGGCAUCAGGUUCAGAUAGUACUACUGUUUCUUAAGACUCAACCUAAACUGCCCCUAAUCCUUCAACCUCAGCAACUUCUGAUAGUAGCUCUGCAGCAACAAAUACUGAGAGUCCCAAUUCAGCAACUACUACUGAGAGUACUACUCCUUAAACUAAUACAGACAAUGCUAACUCAGCAGCUACUAGUGACAAUACUUCUGCUUCAGCAAAUACUGUAUCAGAUUCAUCUACAACAAGUGAUGCAUCAACUAAUUCAGCAGACAAUACUAAAGCCAACACUGGAACUUAAGAUAGCUAGACCACUACUCAAAAUACUCAAGCAAAUGCAAAUCCAUCAGCAACUACUUAGGAUACAUAAUCAUAAUAAAACACUAUUUCAACUAAUGAUUAACAAGCAGCUAGCUCUUCAAGCACAACUCCUCAAACAUCCAGCAAUGAUCAAACUACAUCAACCAGUCCAGUCAAUAGUGAAAAUUCUAAUACAAAUACUGGAACUGAAAAUACUUCUCAAACUGAUGCAAGUAGCAAUACUCAAGCUAGUAAUAGUAGCAAUACUCCAAUUGAAAAUACAAGCUCUUAAUCUACUGACUCUAAUGCUAACAGCUAAGCUAGCGAAUCUAAAAGUGAAUAAUCAGCAGGGGAAACCACUAAUACUAAUACUUAAGCUUAAACUACUGGAUCAGAAUCGACCAAUACUUCCUCUGAAAAAUCUGGUUCAACUUCAGAUGGCACUACAAACGAGUCAAAUACUAUUAACUCUGCUUCAAACUCUAAUUCUUCGCCAACAACAACAGCAGACAAUACUAAGACAGAUUCAUCAUCAAUCUCUGGGUCUGAUUCAUCAAAGCCAGCUGAUGAGCAAUCUCAAACUGCAGGUACCUCAAAUACUGGCUCAUCAACUAAGAUUGAAACUGAUUCUACUAAAACAUCGGAAGAUACCCAGACAAAAACAAAUGAACCUACUGAGUCGCAAGAUGCCACAAGCUCAAAACAAAGUUCAACUUAAAACAGUGAGAAUACUGCAAAUGCAAAUCAUGAAGCAAACAAUUCAGGUAAUGAAGUAAAAGGUGAGGAAAAUAAAGCAACUGAAUAAAACUCUUAAACUAAGAAUGAAACUGCCUCAAAUGAAAGUACUGUUUCUAAUGACAACACUUAAACAAGCACUUCUUAACAAGAAUAGCCAAAGGUAGAAGAUUCUAAAAUUACUCAAAAUGACAGUAAAUCAUAAGAUCAAUCUUCUUCAGGUUCAAUUGAACCUAAGGCAAAUGCAGAUGGUAAAUUUCUUGGAGAUUAGUCUAAUAAAAAUGAGAAUACUGAGAAAACCGAUUCAAAUACCAAGGAUAAAACCACUCCUUAAACUACCUCAGAUUCUGAUUCUUCUACUAAGGAAGAGAAUAAAGAGGGUCUUAAGUGGUACGUUUGGUUCGUGAUUCUUCUUGGUUCAGGACUCACUAUUGCUGUAGGUUAUGUUCUAGGCAAAAGAUGCAUUAUGCGUAGUAGUCAAGAUGGCUAUUAACAAGCUUGA